GGCCUCGGGAGGUAGUAAUGAAUCUGCUCCCUCCCGGGGGAGAGCGGAGGAGCAUUAAUACGUCUAUAAGCCGAGGAGGAAACUCUGGCUGGGGCAGUGCGCGGAGCUCCGGCUGCUGGUGGGGAGCGGCGGCCGGGACGGCAGCGCCGGUGGCGGCUACGGCGGGAGCAGCACAACGGACCAGAUACAAUAGAGGCCACAACAGAAGGGGGCCCGUGCUCCUCGCCCGUAAACACACUCCCCUCCACCGCCACCUCCCCCUCGGCAGCGCGCGCGGUGCUGCCGGGUGCCCGAGGCCGCUCGGACUGCUAUGUAACGGCGAGACUGCGGGAGGAAGGGGACCGGGGAGAAGAGGUCCGCCCGCGGGAGGCCGUGGGGGCCAAGUCUGCGGCCACUUCUGCACGCGCUUCCCUUAGCCCCCGCUCGCCCCUUCCUGCAGCCCAGCCGGCCCAGGUGUGCCUCGCCUCCUCGCGUGCCCGGCGACCAUGGUGACGGUGGAGGAGCUGCGGGAGAUGGACUGCAGCGUGCUCAAAAGGCUGAUGAACCGGGAGGAGAACGGCGGCGGCGCGGGCGGCAGCGGCGGCCACGGCACCCUGGGGCUGCUGAGCGGCGGCAAGUGCCUGCUGCUGGACUGCAGACCGUUCCUGGCGCACAGCGCGGGCUACAUCCGAGGCUCGGUCAACGUGCGCUGCAACACCAUCGUGCGGCGGCGGGCCAAGGGCUCUGUGAGCCUGGAGCAGAUCCUGCCCGCCGAGGAGGAGGUGCGCGCCCGCCUGCGCUCCGGUCUCUACUCGGCGGUCAUCGUCUACGACGAGCGCAGCCCGCGCGCCGAGAGCCUCCGCGAAGACAGCACCGUGUCGCUGGUAGUGCGGGCGCUGCGCCGCAACGCCGAGCGCACCGACAUCUGCCUGCUUAAAGGUGGCUAUGAGAGGUUUUCCUCCGAGUACCCAGAAUUCUGUUCCAAAACCAAGGCCCUGGCAGCCCUCCCACCGGCUGUGCCCCUCAGCGCUGCCGAAUCCUUGGACGUGAACUGCAGCUCCUGUGGAACCCCACUGCACGACCAGGGGGGUCCCGUGGAGAUCCUUCCCUUCCUCUACCUCGGCAGUGCGUACCACGCUGCCCGGAGAGACAUGCUGGAUGCCCUGGGGAUCUCGGCCCUGCUGAAUGUCUCCUCUGACUGCCCGAACCACUUUGAAGGACAUUAUCAGUACAAGUGCAUCCCGGUGGAAGACAACCACAAGGCGGACAUCAGCUCCUGGUUCAUGGAGGCCAUCGAGUACAUCGAUGCGGUGAAGGACCGCCGCGGCCGGGUGCUGGUUCACUGCCAGGCGGGCAUCUCGCGCUCGGCCACCAUCUGCCUGGCCUACCUGAUGAUGAAGAAGCGCGUGAGGCUGGAGGAGGCCUUUGAGUUCGUCAAGCAGCGGCGGAGCAUCAUCUCGCCCAACUUCAGCUUCAUGGGGCAGCUGCUGCAGUUCGAGUCGCAGGUGCUGGCCACGUCCUGCGCCGUGGAGGCCGCCAGCCCCUCCGGGCCCCUGCGGGAGCGGGGCAAGGCCACCCCCACCCCCACGUCGCAGUUUGUCUUCAGCUUCCCGGUGUCGGUGGGCGUGCACGCGGCCCCCAGCAGCCUUCCGUACCUGCACAGCCCCAUCACCACCUCCCCGAGCUGCUAGGGCCGCGGGGAGCCCUGACCCGAGCCCGAGCCCGGCCGCCGGCUCCCCGCGGGGCUCUGCGGGGCUCUGCGGGGCUCGCGGGGUGCGCAGCGCCCGCAGGGACUGACCGCGCCAGGGCCCGGCGACCAGGCACUCCCCCCACCCGCCCCCCAAAUCCCCUCCUCCGGGGCCAGCUAGGAUGGCAAUAAGGACUUCGAAAACACCUUUCAAGCAGACAAACAAAACACUCCAACCUAGAGCAAUAACGGCUGCCUCCGCGGGCAGGGAAGACCUCGGUUUGGUUUGUGUGUCCGUGUUACUUUUCAGAUAGGAAUUUCUUACCUCAUUUUUUUAAGCAGUAAGGCUUGAAGUUAUGAAACCCACAGAUCCUGGCAAAUGUGCCCACCCAGUUUUAUUAAGGGGUGCGGGGGUGGGGUGCGGGGGUGAGAAAGGGACAAAAAGAAAAAACAAGUUUGCCAGAAGUGCCUGGUUCUGUGUGCUUCCUUCUUCUUUGUUCUUGGAACAGGUUUUGGUUUUGUUUUUUUAAGAAAUCUUACAGGACCUGGUUUUCCUUUCGAAAUCACCAACAGGUGGAUAAUGAUGCUUAAUAAUAAAUAAAAGUAUUUAUUAAGAAUUUCCUCAGAGGAUGUAAGUGCAAGGAGCCUAGUGACGGUGAAUUUAGGAUAUAUUUCCGUCGAUGCCCCGCCUCGGAGCCUGAUGGCUCGCCAACGUCAAGGCGGUUAGGAACUGGACCGUGUGUCCCAGGUCUGGAGCAGGUAGCCUGAGGGUCCGUGGGCACUGGUUGUCACUGAGAAGCAGGCAGCGUGGGGUGGCAGGAGGAAGAAGGGAAGGCCUGCUUUCUGAUUCCUUUUGAAGCUGGUUCCUGGGUACAGGGAACACGAAAGCGGCUCUAGGUCUCCAUGAUAGAGCCUUUUCUCAGGUACAGGGAACACGAAAGCGGCUCUAGGUCUCCAUGAUAGAGCCUUUUCUCAGGAUCAGUAAUUCAGUUUGGCGGUGGGAGCCUUUUCUCACAGCCCUUCCGGAAGACUUGUUUAUCAUCUGUGAUAAAUGCCCUGUCGUAAAAGGUGCUCCUGGGAAAUGGGGUGCAACUAAGAUUGUCCUACAGUGAAUCGUGGAGCGAGGCCCUUGGGGCAAGCAGCUAACUAGAGAUGGACCUGACGUGCAUCCUCUGGUGAUUGGAAGCACCACCUUUUUUCUCUUCUGCAUAAAUCGGCGUUUUUCGUGUUACCAGGUUUGCUUAGAGGGAAGUACAGCAAGUUCUUGCCUUCUUAAAACUCCUGGGUUAGGUGAAUAUUUUUAAAGGCCCUUAUUUGAGUAAGAGGGGAGUGAACACCGUGUUUCAGGUCUAGAAUGGAAGAGGGUGUAAGGAGCUGGCUAGACCCUUUGCUUGGGAGCCGGCUGUUGGGCUUCUAUCCUGGGCACCGUGGGCACGCAGGCGCCGUUGUGGAAUUCUCUCUUGGGAUAAUGCCCUUUUAAGGGGCCUUUCCAAAGGGAGCUAAGGCUUCCGGAGGGAGACGGAUGUUUUCUGCGGGUUGGGCUUGGGGGGGAGGGAAGAGGGAAGCUACAUGUUACUUCAUCUGUAGUAGAGUGGAACAGUGUUACAGAGUGUCAGAAGUAUUUGCAAACUUGUCUUAGACGAGAUGAGAGCAUGUUUGUUUUUUGGGUUUUUUGGGUUUUUUUGGGUUUUUUUAGCCCCUUGUGAGUCUAGAUCUAAAUGAACAUUCUUGCUCAUCCCUGAAUAACUUCAAGCCUCAAUGUCAGAAUAGCGUUGGAAUGCUCUUUCUCAUCCUGGCAUCCCAGACAGGACCAGGUUCAUUACGUUUCCUUCCACAAACAUGAACCUGUGUUGGCAUCACUCAUCCUGCCUUUGUCAAGCCCUGUCUUUGGGUGAGGCCAGAGUUCCCGCUUCCUGUUUUUAGAAAAGCCAGAGGCUCCCUCCGUCCCCGGGAGCUGCUUGGCUGAAUAGGUAGGGGUGAGGUGAGGGGUUGGGGUUCCUGGACAAUGGACCUAUUUAGAGAUGGCACAGUUGGCCGUUCCUACUUUUUCCUUGAUUCCUGGAAGUUGCUCUGUGUUUUGUGAUUAGUGAGGUCCAGUGAGCUCUGCAGCUACGAGAGCUAUGGGUUGCAAGAGCGGAUAGACCUGGUGAGCGGGCGAGCCUGCGGCAGGGGGAGGGCAGGCAACCUGGAACCGACUCACUUUCUAUAGAACAAGUGUACAUUUGCCAAAACCUGUGUGUCGUGCUUUCCCAGACUGGAUUCCAACCACACGGACAGUCGGAGCUCAGGACCAGCCCCAGACAUGUCUUUCCCCCGCUUUCCAAUUCAAGUCUUCUGUCACCGUGUCAAACUGCUAUUUAUAAAGCCAUUUUCUUUGUACUUGAUAACAGCCUGAGUCUCAGAACUCUCAGAGAUAAAAUAGGAAAUUGGCUAGAUCGGACAAGGGGAUUUUUUUUUUUUUUCUGGUCAUAAUUCUGUCAUCAGGAAGUCUCUUUGAUGACUCGAAGUAACUGUAAUGAAGACACCACCACAGGGUCAGCCCAAAUGGCCAGGUGGAUUUCAGUUGGCAUCUCUCCCAUGAAGUGAUUUCUGGUGAUGCAAAAUUUCGGAAAUGGCCAGAAAACAUUGCCACUUUCACUGAUCCUAUCAACGGUGCUGUUGGCUACCUUGGAUCUUCUCUAGAGACCAAGGGAUGAGGUCAGCUCCCUCCUGGAAUCUUGUGUGACCCAAGGAUGUCUGUGGAGCACUAAGGGUAAUAGACUUGACUUGCCCAUGGAGAAGUAUUAGACUGAAGCGUCUGUGAAUGGUGCCUGGGCGCUCGAAGCUUUGGUCAUUGCCUCCUGACGCCGUUUUGCUCAGGUGCUCAUUCCAGCUGGAUUCCAGAGUUUUCAACAAGGUUGGGAAGCCAUGAGAGAAAUUUAAAAAAUCUGUGGGAAAGUGGGCAGAAAGGCGGUAGGUGGUUGAUUCGGUUGGGACCUGGCCGCCGCGUCCGUAGUAUUAAAGCAGGGGUACACCUUGGCUGUCCAUUGGCAUCAACUGGGGAGUUUUGAAAACCUUGCUACCAGGCUGUCCCAGAGCAAUGAAACCAGGAUCUCCGGAGCUGGAACCCCGGCGUCCGUAUGUUUCAAAUCUCCCCAGGUGCUUUCCGAGUGCGGCCAAGGUGGGGAAAACCACCUUGCUUUCCCGAGAGCAAGGUGCCGCUGGAGGUGGGUCUUAACGACACAGAACUAGCUGGUCUCUCAGAAACCACAGCCAGGGGUUUGUCACUGGCUUGGCAGGUUCCUGCUGCCAGUCCCAGCCUGGCGGAGGGACAAGAUGGUUUCUCUCAGGAGCUCAAGGAGCAUGCGACCUCCUGAAUGGGGCACCUUUCAUGCCCCCUGAAGGGCAGCUGAUCUGCGGAGCAUUGUUAGGGACCUGAAUACAGUGUCUGGAUGUUGAGGUUUUUCCUUGAAUGUCCCUUGUCUAGCAAGGAAAAGAAUGGGGAGUUUCACCUCUUGAGAUACCGCUGUCCCCCAGGAGCACCCUGCCCGUCCUUAGAGCUUAUGAGUCAUAUGAGGAAGAGGCUUCUUCAAGACAGAGCAAUGCAAUACUUGUAACUUUUGUAAAUAGCCCCAUCUUUCAGAGUGAUGUCAUUUCUACAUUUGAUAUGCUUGUAUUUCGGUAGGAUGUAUAUAGUUUAGGGGAUUUUUUUUUGUUUGGUUUCGUUUUUUAGAAGAGUUGACGUGUCUUUUUAUUUAUUGCUUGAAAAAGAUCAUUUGAAGAAAAAUAAAUACAUUUUCAACCAUG